AAAUCAAAAGAUAAAGAAUUCCAACAACUUGUUGAAGAAACUGAGAAAUUUAAUAACUUGGUCAAAGAAGAUGUUGGAUCAAAAAGACAUCGGAAAACUGAAAAAGAAGAGGACGAGGAAUUACUUAUGGAUGAAGCAGACGAGUCGCCAGAUGUUACUCGUGUUUUUAACGAAUCACCAAGUUAUAUCAAAAAUGGUACCAUGAGGGAUUAUCAACUUCAAGGUUUAAAUUGGAUGAUAUCGCUUUUCGAAAAUGGGAUCAAUGGAAUUUUAGCAGACGAAAUGGGUCUCGGUAAAACCUUGCAAACAAUAUCGUUUCUUGGUUAUCUCAAACAUUUUCGUAACAUAUCUGGUCCACAUCUCGUUGUUGCACCCAAGUCAACACUAAAUAAUUGGGCAAAAGAGUUUAACAUGUGGAUGCCGGACUUUCAUGUAGUAGUUCUAUUAGGCAACAAGAAUGAGAGGGCGCAGAUAAUCGAGGAUAGGUUAAUGACUAAGGAUUUCCAAAAUGAGAAUUCAAUGCUUUCUCAGAUUGUCAGAGUCUUCAAAUCACGGAAUCGACUACUGAUCACAGGCACACCGCUCCAAAACAAUCUUCAUGAAUUAUGGGCGUUGUUAAAUUUUCUUUUGCCUGAUGUAUUCAGUUCAUCCGAGGAUUUUGACUCAUGGUUUAAUUCCCAAGGUGGAGACCAAGACAGUGUCAUUCAGCAAUUGCACAAGGUUUUACGACCUUUUCUCCUUAGAAGAAUAAAAUCUGAUGUGGAAAAAUCACUGCUUCCCAAGAAAGAGAUAAACUUGUAUGUGGGUAUGUCAUCCAUGCAGAGAAAGUGGUAUCAAAGAAUUCUGGAAAAAGAUAUUGCUGCAGUUAACGUUGAGAAAGAGCCUGGUCCACCCUACACGACUGAUGAACAUAUUGUGGACAACGCAGGCAAAAUGAUUGUAUUGGAUAAAUUACUUAAACGACUGAAGGCUCAAGGAUCACGUGUUCUUCUCUUCAGCCAAAUGAGUCGUGUUCUUGAUAUCCUGGAAGAUUAUUGUAUAUUUCGAGGAUUCGAAUACUGUCGAAUUGAUGGACAGACGAAACAAGAAGAUCGUAUAACUGCUAUUGACGAAUACAAUGCACCGGAAAGCAAAAAAUUUAUUUUUUUACUCACAACUCGUGCUGGGGGUCUUGGAAUUAAUCUUACCACGGCGGAUAUUGUGAUCCUCUAUGACAGUGAUUGGUGGGUAGAUUUGCAAGCUCAAGACCGCGCGCAUCGUAUUGGUCAGACGAAGCAAGUUUAUGUCUUUCGAUUUGUCACGGAGAAUGCUAUCGAAGAGAAAGUUCUGGAGAGAGCAGCGCAAAAGUUGCGUUUAGAUCAGCUUGUAAUUCAACAAGGUCGAUUGGUUCAAUCGCAGAAAGCUGCCAGCAAAGAAGAGUUAUUAACCAUGAUUCAGCAUGGUGCUGAGAGUAUAUUUAAUUCCAAUGAUAGUACCGUGACGGAUGAUGACAUUGAACUAAUACUGCGUAAGGGCGAAGAGAAAACAGUAGAGCUUAAUAUGAAAUAUCAGAGCCUUGGCCUGGAUGAUUUACAAAAUUUCACCUCGGAAUCUGCCUAUCAGUGGCAAGGAGAGGAUUGGAGUAAUAAGCGCAAAGAUCACAGUUCGCGAUUUAAUUGGAUUGAGCCUCCGAAACGUGAACGCAAGGUGAAUUAUGCAGUCGACUCUUAUUAUCGAGAAGCGCUACGAGUUACGGCAAAACCAACUCAGCCUAAAACUCCACGAGCGCCAAAACAAAUCACCAUGUUGUUCUACCCACCGCGUUUGAUUGAGUUGCUGAAAAAGGAGAUGUACUAUCAGCAAGUUGCGGGAUACAAGGUUGCAUUGGCCGAACCUCAGAGUGAAGAGGCAGAUGACUUGGAAUUGAGGGAACAGGAACGUCAGGAAGAGCAGGAUAAAAUUGAUAAUGCUGAGGCUCUGACAGAAGAGGAAGAAGCUGAAAAGGAGGGUCUAAUGGAAAACAUUUUUGAAGAUUGGAGUAAACGUGAUUUUAAUAAUUUUGUAAGCGCAUCCGCAAAAUACGGAAGGAAUCAGCUUGAAGAAAUAGCAUCGGAAAUAGAAGGCAAAUCUUUCGAGGAAGUCAAAGCAUAUGCACAAGUAUUUUGGAAACGCUAUCGAGAACUACCUAACCACGAAGAAAUUGUUGCCAAGAUCACUAAAGGCGAAAGCAAAUUAGAACAAACACACGGAAUACAGGAACUACUUAAAACGAAAGUUGCGCAAUACCGAACUCCCGGGCAUCAAUUACAAGUUUCAAACCAAGCAAAGGGGAAGACGUUAUUUACUGAAGAGGAAGAUCGAUAUCUAUUAAUUGCUCUUGCAAAACAUGGAUACGGGACUGAAGACGUUUACGAGAAAAUAAGAAAUGAGAUUGAAAAUUCUGAUCUAUUCCGGUUUAAUUGGUUCAUCAAAUCGAGAACUUCGGGUGAAUUGGCCAGGAGAUGCACUACUCUCAUUAAUCUCAUACAGAAAGAACAUGGAGAAGAGGAAGUUUCCUCGCCGGCGCAGGUGCAAGAAGAGAAGAAGCGAAAGGCCGUUGGUGAUCAAUUCAUAAUCAGUAACGGUGUAAAUCCCCCGAAGCGUGGUCGACGUUGA